AAUUUGUGUUUCGGAUGUCCUUCGUUAAAUGAAAAUAGGUGCUCAAUCUUGUACUACGAAAUAUAACGGACGUAUUUCUCCGGAACGCGUUAUUCGCGUGACUCCGGUAAUGGCUGUAAUUUGUUCAGAAGAGAAAUAUUUACCAUGCUAGUAAAACAAAACAAAAAUACCAAAAAUUGUAAUCUGAUGUAUCCUAUGUCUGAAAAAAGGCACGUUUCAUAAAUACGAGAUUAUUUACUAUAAUAAUUUACAAAUUCGUUAGCAUAAUAUAAUAAUUUCGAUCGUUAAUAUUACGAUCGUCAAAACUUUUCACUCAGUACGUGAUAAGAAUCGUAAAAAGGUUUGAUUGAAGUUCAGCACCACUGACACCACUGCUGCUGUCAGACUGCACUGAAGCUUUUUAUUUUAUUUUCAACUGCGUUAACCGCGAAAGAACAGGCAGAAUGUCCACGGCAACCAUGGAUACAGAACAACAACAACAACAGAACAAGCCAUGCCGUUUGUGUUUGGAAAAUAUCACCCGAAAUGAAAUCCGGAGCGGCAUCGAUAUAUUGAUGAACAACGAUGUACGAAAACUGCUGCAGGAAGUGUAUGAAGUGCAGAUAUCCCCUAACGACAGCAAUUCAACUAUGAUGUGUAUGCCGUGCUAUCAACAGCUACUCAAUGACUAUAAAUUUCGUAUAAAACUUUUUACGCGUAGGAAAACUUUUAAACUCAACCAGACAAUGUUGGUCGCACAACUUCUUGCCUUCGGUGACACUCCAGAAUCAUCUCCUCAACCAAAAGCCGAUAGAUUUGUCUCUGUGCGAGAAAAAUCUACUCAAACGGCGGAUACACCAACGCCACCAGAUCGUCGCUCUCCUAUCACAACAGCACCAGUGGAAAAUGAAUCCGAAAAAAGUAACGUAGAACAACCAGCUGAAACUGCUAUAACAGCUACGUGUGAAAAGCAUUUAGUUCCAGUAGUUGUGGACUGUCUCAAAGAACCUCUCUAUUUCAAAGCACUCUUCCCUCUGGUGGUUUCAACCAAUCCGGACGAUCCCGCACCAUUGAUGUUAAUUUGCAACUGUUGCCAAAAGACAUUUAACUCCAAAGACAAAUUGGAACAACACAAGCCAGUGGGCUGUGUUCCGUCCUGUCGCUACUGCUUGUCAGAGCAGACCGCAGACCACAGCUGUCCAUCUCAAAGUGAAUUUUCUGCAAUCAUGCAACACAUUGUUGGAAGCCAGAAAUACGUCUCCACGUAUGCCACCACUAAUGGUAUUUCUGAAAGCAAUGCUGAUGAAUCGGUUGCCGAAGAGGAAGUCGGAGAGCUUCCCCCAGCAACCACCGAACCGAGCAACGAGCCAAAGACGAAAAGGAUGAAGCUGGACGCUAAUCAUAAUGGACGACAUUCACCUUUCCUACGCCGCGCGAGCACACCUUAUCCACUGAAGGGAGAGAAAAAUCAAACGGCACAUGAAAUGGAGUCGGAAUCGGAGACAACAUCCACACAUGUGAUUGCGUCGUGCGUAAUAAACCUUUCGUCUUCGGAAGACGAAGUGUUACGCCCGGUAAAAAUUGAUCAUAAACCGGCAUCCAAAAGUCGCCCAAAGUCGAGAAGGAAAAGGAGACAAAUCUGGUGA